UGUGUGUACGUGUUUGUGUGUGUGUCAGAAGAGGACUUUGAGGGGAGUGGAGAGUGGAGUAAUUCCAGCUCUCUUUAAAACAACUUCACAGCACGGAAUCCGUCCCGGAGUUUGGCACUGAAGUCCCAGUACAUCUCUGCUUCAUCCCGGGACUCUGCUGCAGGAUUAUUUCUUCCAGCGCCGCGACAGAAAUCACCGGAAUUCCAGUGUUAUGAGGAUUUAUUUCGGGGUGAAGGGAGGAUUUUACGGAUCGAGGGGUGCAGAAGGCUGGAGGAGGAACUGUGGAAAAAGUUUUGGAUUGAUGUUUCUGAUGGUGGUUUUUGUGAAUGUAAACUGAAACUGCUCCCCGAGGGUCUAACUAUGGUUUGUGGAUUGUGUGCGGGAUCUCCAGAGUGUAGGGGAGUUGAAGGCUGUGCGACAAGUCUUGCAAAAGUUGUGGCUUAAUUGAGUUGGCGACAGCAGGUCCCUGAGCGGUGACUGAGCGGAGCCUGCUCCUUCUGCAGACUUUGAAUGAUGUUUAACGCAGCGCAUGGUUGAAUGUUUCUUUCUAAUGCAGCGGGAGAUCCACGAAGCGGUGCCCAUGUUGUGCGCACCGUGCACAGACCUCUAGUCCUGCGCGGGGAAGAGAGUAAAUCGAUGUGGCAUCACCCGGGACCCGGACGGGACCGACAGGACGCAUUCAAAACUGUCUAGGUUGUCGUAUGUUCAAGUCGAGACGCUCAGGUCUUGUACGGCGACUCUGGAGAAGCCGUCUGGUCACCGAGAGCGACGGGCGGGAUGGAGGCAGAAGAGGUGAGGGAGGACGGACCGGACCGUGUGGCAGACACUCAGGAAAGCUCCACAGACACGAGCAGCGGUCGGUGACACAGACUGACCCCGCUCCGGGACUGACGUGGGAAGCUGGGGAGCUGAUAGAGAGCGUGGAGAGGGAAGAAGAGGAGCAGCCUGACGAUGACCGGGGUGCCAUGUGCGUCCCGGAGCACAGAGGCUCCCGGCGAGGACAGGAAGGCGACAGUAGGACGGUGACGUGUUGUUUGUUUGGGGAAUGGGAUCUCAGACCGCGGAGCCCUUAUUGGGCCCCGAGAAAAGACGGAGGGGGCCCUUGCCAGUGCGCACCGAGGCAAGCGGGACUGGAGGAAGAACUGGCGAGCACUGCUCAUGCGUUUUUAAAAAGACUAAAGGAGGGAUGUCUGGACGCGCUGCUGAAGGCUGUGGAGGCCAGAGGGGGGAUAAACAGCGAGUGCGUCAUGGUGCCGAGCUCUGAGCUGCGGCUCGGGGCUCAUCACGUCUCUCCACAGUCUCUCCUGUGUAAGGUGUACCGCUGGAGCGACAUGCCGCUCUCAGCACGGCUCAAAACACUCAGCCACUGCCAGAGCUUUGGAGCAGAGGACAGCGCAAAGGUUUGCUGCAACCCCUACCACUACAGCCGCCUGUGUGGGCCAGAAUCGCCUCCUCCCCCGUACUCUCUGUCCCGUUCAGAAGAACACAAGCCACUGGACUCGUCUCUGUCUUACACUGAAACUGUGCCCCCCCUCUCCUCCAGUCCGCCUCACAUUACGCCAAGAGAAUACACAGACACUGGUACCUCCCUCGGCUCCUCCACCUCCGGCGGACAUCGCUCUCACUGGUGCAGCGUUGCCUACUGGGAGCAGCGCACACGCGUGGGCCGCCUUUAUCCCGCCUACGAGCCCUCGCUCAACAUCUUCUAUGACCUACCUCAGGGCACAGGCCUCUGCCUGGGCCAGCUCCACGCCAACGCUUACCACAGUCGCCGUGACGACCCUGGCAGCCACGGCACAUCGAGUCUUUAUGGACAUCCAAGCCAUGGAAGUGGAGGGAAUAACAGCAACAGCAGCAGCAGUGUACAACAGAUACGCAGUAAAAUCGGCCACGGCAUCGUGCUGAGCCAGGAGCCGGAUGGAGCGUGGCUGUACAAUCGCAGCCUGCACCCCGUGUUCGUCCACUCGCCCACUCUGGAUCCACCCAGCGCUCGAGGGCUGAGCGUGAGGAGGGUGAUGCCGGGCUUUUCCCUCAAGGUGUUUGACUAUGAGCGCUCCAGCUGGAUGGCCUCGCACGGCGUAAAGCCUGAGAGCCAGGAGGGGCCCUGGGACCCCCACAGUGUUCGCAUCAGUUUUGCUAAAGGAUGGGGCCCAUGCUACUCCAGACAGUUCAUCACCUCCUGUCCGUGCUGGCUGGAGGUGCUGCUCAACAACCACAGAUAGCACACAGCCACACUCACAGACUCCUUACCCAGUAUCCUUAUUGUAAUCUACCUAGAUUUAAUAUAAGAUUUAUAUAUUAUAUAAAAUAUAUUAUACAUGUAAAUACUUGAGUCAUUUUUACAAUGCAAUUAUUUAUGUAUAGUGUAAUGUGUAUAUGGACGAAAUAAAAAAAGGAACAAGAGUAUGCACUUUUCAUUCUGUAUAUGCAUUACAGUUUCUCUGUGUCAUUUUACAAACACAAACUGUAAACACAAGACGUAACCCGGUUUACAUUCUCAUGAUUUUGCGAUUCAUCAAAGAGUAUGCCAUACACACAUUGUCAAUAAAGUAUUUGUAUUAAAUGAA